UAUAACAAUCCAUUCGUGAUUGAUUUCAUCUUCAUCCUAGAAAACGCCAGAGAAAUUCAGAAUAUCUACCUCUUUCGUCUAAUAAGUAAUCGGAGAAAUCAACGUUGCUCCUUCUUAAUCUCGUAGUUUUCCGAUUUAAUUCAGGUACACUUCUCCUCUUCGUCUUAAUUAAGUUAAUUAAAUGUUUUCUUUUACAGUUUUGUUGAUUUUUUGGGAAUUCUGCUUUCGGUUAAUCGGCAUCUGAAGCUGCAUUGUAAAAAGCUGUGCAUCUCUUCCGCGUUUGGCUACCGGGAAAAUAAAGGAGAGAUUGGGUUACGAGUAUUCGGUGGUAGUUUUCUUAAGAAAUGUUAUAGGAAGAAGAUAAUUUUAAGUUCUGAGAAAUCCGAGAUUAGUUAUGUUUAAAUUACUACCUACUUGGAAGAUACAGAACAUAUCUUGUCCUAAUUUUGUAUUUAUUUUGUGAUCCUAUAUGUAUUGCAGAGUUUUUCUUGAUUUCAUCGGAGGCUUACAUGCGAUCAAAGUAUCCAAAUUUAGGGUUGUUGGCUCCUCGGUUUUGUAUACUUCAAGAUUGGUUUUUUAUUUAUUUAUUAUUUUUUUAUGAUAUUGGGUUUGGUUUGACAUGGUUAUUCCAAAGGUCUUUGUACAGAGAGGCAUGUUGUUUGGAAACCUAGAGCAGGAAAGUUUAGUUUCUCCCUCUGGAAUCACUAAAUUUUAUGUUUCGGAAUUUAGGUUCUGGAUUCCUUUAGAUUUAGUUACAGCUUGUAGCCCCAAAGUUGUUGCCAACAAUUGAGCUCAAAUAAUGCGCGGAAUUGCAGGUGGUUUUUGUUAAUGAGUUGUCUAACUAGGGCAUCGAUUGAUGAGAGGUGUCAUGGAAAAAGUUUUGUUUGUGUAGAUAUGAGAUCUUGACAUUUGGGUCUGUAUUGAAAAGAUUUGUUGGUGCGACUUAAUCAUCUAUAAGGUGCAAAAAGGGUGUCGUAUAGUCCAAAAUUGGAUGGAUAACUUGAUUGCACGGGAAAGUGAUCUUGAAGUAGACCUCGAAAGUGGUGGGACUACCAGCGAAGAGGAUAGAAGCAAAGAUCAAGUUUCAAAUAGUAGGCAAAGGGACAAGUCUCGUAGUGAGUUUUGGGGUGGGCGAUCAAGUCAUGAUGGAUUGGUGAGUUCGUCAAGAAUUUUUGAGAUUGCAGACAAGGAUGUAGAGUUGUUGAUAGACAAGAAUUCUGAAGGAGAAGAGAUUCGAGAACACAAUGUUGUAGCAAAAACACGCGUAGAAGAAAAACGCAAGAAGAGAACCUCUAGGAAGGCUCCCAAGCCACCUCGGCCUCCAAAAGGUCCGUCACUUGAUGCUGCCGAUGAGAAGUUGGUCAGGGAGAUUGUUGAGCUUGCCAUGAAAAGGCGAGCAAGGAUGGAACGGAUCAAAACAUUGAAGAAGACGAGAGCAGCAAAGUCUUCAUCUUUGAACAGCAGCCUUCCUGCCAUGGUCAUCACACUUCUCUUCCUCGUCAUAAUCUUUCAUGGAAUAUGUUUGAAAGGCAGUCCAAGUGCUGGGGUGCUAGGAUCUCCUGCGCCAGCAGUAGCCACGAAUGAAGGCUUGAUCUCUGUUCAGUUCCACAAAAACUUCAACAUGGAUGAUGAAAGAAAUGGCCCUAGCUUUGGCACUUUUAGAGAAGAGAGAGGUUAAGAUAUCGUCAGAAUUCAGAUGGUCCCAUUUGGUGUUGAAUUGGUUUGAAGACUUGGCCGGAGUCUGAGAUAUUAAAAUUGAAGAAAAGGCUUUGGAAAUCAGGUGUACCCACCC